UGAAUCCGGAAGAGAAAUCUGACUCACGAUUAAAUACUGGCUGCUAAUCCAGCCUUCAUUGCAAAUCCUCGUAUGCGACCUUUAUAUCUGACACGGUUUCUUAGUGCUAAUGUCUCCGUGUGAUGAUGCGAGUUAUUAAUAUAUAGAGCUCUCCAGCAACACAACACUGUGUUGCGAGAGCAGCAUAGGCAGCGUGUUAUUACUUUGAACUUCUCCUUGUACUGCGCGCUCUCCUUUAUUAUUAUUAUUAUUAUUAUUAUUAUUAUUAUUAUUAUUAUUAUUAUUAUUAUCAGAUAAUAAACUGUAUUCGUCUUUUGCAACCAUGGGGAACGGAAUGAAUAAGGUUCUAGAUGGUCUGUACCUAGGGAACAUAAGAGAUUCUGAGGACAAAGACAGUUUGGCGAAAAAUGGAGUCACACACAUUCUGUCUGUGUACAAUAAUGCCAAACCAGUACUCCAGGACAUGACAUACCUUUGUAUACAAGCAUCUGAUUCUUCCCAGCAAAACCUGGUACAGCAUUUCAAGGAAUGUGUUAGUUUCAUCCAUGAGUCUCGACUUAGUGGUGGGGCCUGCCUGGUUCACUGCCUGGCUGGAGUUUCCCGCAGUACCACAUUGGUUGUGGCUUACCUCAUGACAGUGACAAACUUCAGCUGGGAAGAGUGCCUGUCUGCAGUGAAGGCUGUCCGCUCUUUCGUGGGGCCCAACUUUGGCUUUCAGCAGCAGCUGCAAGAAUUUCAGAUGACGCUGGUUUCAGAGUUCCGCAGGUGGCUCAGGAUGAAGUACAGCAACAACCCAUUCAAUGACCAGGAGGCGGUUUGCAAGCUGCUGAGACAGUUUGAGCAGCAACAGCAACAACAGCGUCUGAGAAAUGGAGGGCAGAGCUGGACAAACCACACGACAACAGUCUACCCACUGCCGUACAAUGCCUAUGGGUCAGCCACCAGCAGCUGGGUUAGCAGAUAGGAGCCCUCACCAUCAGAGGAGCUCGCCAACGCAAGCCUUUAGACUCAGAGUGCAAGCCAAAUAGACAUGUUACAGAAUGCUGUGUUCUUUAUGGAAUAUACCCAUGACAGUACUUAGUUUGGGCUCACUUUAGGUCUGAUAGUAAAAGGCUACUGAAUGAAUGUAACAGAUGCUAUUGAAUUAUGUCUGGGUGGAUUAUUUAUCAUGACUGUGUACCACUACUUUAAUUUUGUAUGUUAGGGACUGGAUAUGAAAUCAACACCUGUAUGCAUACAUAUCAAUCGAUGAACGCUGUAUUUUAAAAGCCAAGUACAGUUUAUUAAUGAGUUCAUUGCAAUGAGCAAGGGGCAGUAGGGAGCACAAAAAUUUCACAUGUCCAAUAUAUAAAAGAUCAUGAAUGCCCAAGAUGUUGACAUUCAUACCAGUGCCACAUUACAUAGCAUGCAACUGUUUGUUUGUACUAGCUUGCAAAUCCACUUUUAAAGAUCUCUUGUGAGGUAAGUGACUCAUUUUAAUAAAGCAGAUUGCCGGUGCAGAAGUUCCAUUUUUCGAAUUGUCCUGUUUUAUGAGGUCUACAAGCAUCUCUUUGGUUGAGGUCUGUAGAAGAUAGACCCUCUAAACCUAGACCAACAAUUGACAUGUCGUGCUAGUGCUUAAGAAUUUUUUUGGGUGCGCAAUGUUAACUUCACUAGAAAUCUGAACUCUCUUGUUGAAGCUUUUUCAUUUUUUUGUAUUUAUAGUAAACCCCCAAGUAUGAGCAAGCCCUUUAAAAAAAAUAAAAAAUAAAUCAUAUGCUGAAUACACAAUCAGUGUUACUUCCAUGUAACCAAAUUUUAGUAAUGGGUGUGCCACUGGGUGGUGUGGUGGGUGUUGGUUCCUGAUAAGGCAGUUAUCACAUGAUGGUUUUCUCUAAUUGACAAAAAAUAUUGUAUGCAGAGUUGACAGUCAGAAAAUUACAAUGGGCAGCUUAUGUAAAACUAUAUAUGUGCCAGGUACAAUUUGUUAUUUGCAUGUGAGCUUUUCAUUCAAUAUCUUGUGUAAAAUAUGACUGGAAUACAGCAAUUGCUCAAAUAGGCCAAAAGAGAAAAUAAUAUGUGACCAGCAAGAAUUGCAAUUCACUGUGUUCGCUAUUACCCUUUCAGAGCAUGACAGUUGUGAAUUAUUUAGGUAGUGUGAAAUGCACAAAUUGAGUAAAGUGAAUGUUUGUAUCUGAAGUAAAUUAGUAUGUCCAUGCACAGUCUAUGUCUGGAUCACACAAAGUUCAAUAGCGAGGGCAGGAUUUUUGAUUAACAAGGAAAGCCACUGCAGAUUAGAGACCCAGAGCAGGCUAUAAUGAGUGGCUACAGUCAGGCACAUAGCAGACAUGCUCUGCAGGGGAACGUGCCCACCAAGUUUGCCAUUUAAUUAUAUUCCAAGACAUCUUCAAUGGAAAUUCUGGAAUAAAUUAGAUGUGCUGUAUAUUUUUCCUCUGGUUUAAGGUUUGGCUCAUAACCAAAUGACUGCGUUACUGUAGUUCUCAGGAAGAUGAAGACACAUGCUUUCUGUGCUGUCUUCUUUUUUACAUUGAUAUGUGAAGAGCUAACACUUUGGACCUCAUUCAGAAAUGGUGCCCUGUAGUGACUCUUCUUUUAGCAUGGGUCACUACUACUUUGUAUUGAGUCAUUUUAAAAAUAACUAUGUAAUCACUGUGGUAUAUAAAAGCAGACUAUUUAAAUCUGCCUUCUGAAGUGCGGUAGAUCUAAAUACCGCCCUUGUUUAAAUCAUGAAUAGAAAGGGGCAUUAUGAAAUACAACAUCUCUCAGUGUUUGUGAGUGUCUUUGUUUUAUGUCUUUACAAUGAUGCAAAAUGGCACUUCUGGUCCUAAUUUAAUCCUUAAACGGCAACUUCCUUAAUAGGUAUCAAAGUUUAGCUCAAUUUAAAAACAUGUUAAAUAUGAAUAAAAAAGAUUAAUGCAUUUUUGCUUUCAAAACUGCACAAAACAGAUCUACAAAUAAAAGGACAGAACAGGUAUGAUACCACUUUAUAUGGGGGUUAAACAUUGCUUUAAUUUGUCGACUUCCUUUAGGGACGACGCUGCCGUCAACAGUUUUGUAAAUCUCCUUGCAUGUAGGCUAUUUGCCUAUUCUCUACUGCAAAAGCUUGAUCUGUUUGUAAAUUACUUGGAAAUGCUUUGUUGCAUGAAAAUGUGUCAGAAAAAAUAAAACUUUAAAUUAUCA